AUGGCACAGAACUACAAGGUUGCUGAUAUCUCCCUCGCCGCCUUCGGUCGCAAGGAGAUCGAGAUCGCCGAGGGCGAGAUGCCCGGUCUCAUGGCCCUCCGCCAGAAGUACGGCAAGGACCAGCCCCUCAAGGGUGCUCGCAUCGCCGGAUGCCUGCACAUGACCAUCCAGACGGCCGUCUUGAUCGAGACGCUCACUGCUCUCGGUGCCCAGGUCACCUGGUCGUCGUGCAACAUCUUCUCGACCCAGGACCACGCCGCUGCUGCCAUUGCCGCUACCGGUGUCCCCGUCUUUGCCUGGAAGGGCGAGACCGAGGACGAGUACAACUGGUGCAUUGACCAGACGCUCAAGGCCUUCCCCGACGGAAAGCCCCUCAACAUGAUCCUCGACGACGGAGGAGACCUCACCUGGCUCGUCCACCAGAAGCACCCCGAGCUCCUCGAGGGCAUCAAGGGUGUUUCCGAGGAGACGACCACCGGUGUCCACCACCUCUACACCGCCAUGAAGCGCGGCACCCUCAAGCUUCCCGCUAUCAACGUCAACGACUCGGUCACCAAGUCCAAGUUCGACAACUACUACGGCUGCCGUGAGUCUCUCGUCGACGGCAUCAAGCGCGCCACCGACGUCAUGCUUGGCGGCAAGGUCGCCAUCGUCGCCGGUUUCGGUGACGUCGGCAAGGGAUGCGCCGAGUCCCUCCGUGGCUACGGCUGCCGUGUCAUUGUCACCGAGAUCGACCCCAUCAACGCUCUCCAGGCCGCCAUGGCUGGCUACGAGGUCAACACCAUGGACGAUGCCUGCAGCCAGGCCGACAUCUUUGUCACCACCACCGGCUGCCGUGACAUCAUCACCGGCAAGCACUUCUCGGCCAUGCGCGACGACGCCGUUGUCUGCAACAUUGGUCACUUCGACAUCGAGAUUGACGUUGCUUGGCUCAAGCAGAACGCCAAGUCCGUCGUCAACAUCAAGCCCCAGGUCGACCGCUUCGAGAUGCCCAACGGCAACCACGUCAUCCUCCUUGCUGAGGGUCGUCUCGUCAACCUGGGAUGUGCUACGGGCCACCCUUCGUUCAUUAUGAGCGCCUCCUUCUCGAACCAGACGCUCGCUCAAAUCGAGCUCUGGAAGAACAACGACGACAAGAAGUACGCCCACGGCAAGGUCUACAUGCUGCCCAAGCGCCUCGACGAGGAGGUUGCUGCUGCCCACCUCGCCCGUCUCAACGUUCGCCUGACUCAGCUCACGGACGUCCAGAGCGACUACCUCGACCUCCCCAAGAACGGCCCCUUCAAGCAGGACCACUACCGCUACUAAGCGGACGGCUUGGAGCUGCGGCGCAGUUGUUCCGCAGCGCCGUGAGCGGAACUUCUUCGCUUGUGGCCUGUGUCUCUCGCUGUCAUCUUAGUCUUUACCCUCUCUAUUGCUCUGUCAUCCUCUCUUAUCCCUUGACAUCAUGCCGUGGGUAGCCUCGAUUGCUUCAACCGUGAUCGAGCGCGAUCCCCUCCCCUCCCUCUCCUCUCUACCCC